AUGUUCACAAGAUUGACCGUCAUCUCUGCCCUCUUGAGUAGCCUCAAUGGCCUUGCCUUUUCUGAGCCAGUCCCCCUAACACCGGAUCGUGUAGCCCUCCAUCCCCGAGCCACAACGUGUACCCCGACAGCAGGCGGGUCAAGUACUGUUGACGAUGUGCCGGCCAUACAGUCUGCCAUAAAGAGCUGCGCAAGUGGCACAAUUCUGAUUCCCGCUGACCAAACCUAUCAUAUCAACAGUCAGCUGUCUUUCGCCGGCUGUACUGGAUGUACGCUGCAGCUAGACGGCGUGCUAUCCGUGUCGACCGAUUUCAAUUACUGGAACGGCAAAUCACAGGUCAUCUCCCUAUCUAAGAUCACCGGUGCGACUAUCACAGGGUCAGGCACCAUCAACGGCAACGGCCAAGCAAGCUGGGACCACAUCAUCACAGCGACCGACUAUGUUCGGCCCAAGCUCAUUCGGGUCGAGGGAUGCAAUAACAUCCACUUCAGUGGGUUCACGCUGAAGGAUGCGCCCAUGUUCCACAUCGUCACGAACGGCAACUCGAAAGACAUCACUUACUCCGAUCUCACUCUGCACUCUGUGAGCACCUCGGCCAACGUCGCCCACAACACUGACGGUUUUGACAUUGGGCCCGCAUCGAACGUCAGGGUGCUCAACUCGCAGGUCACCAAUGACGAUGACUGCGUGGUUCUGAAGCCUGGAGCUGAUCAGGUGCAUGUCGAGGGCGUCACCUGCACUGGUUCGCACGGCCUCUCCGUCGGCAGCCUUGCCGGCACCCCGGGGGCCAACGACGUUGUCACGAACAGCAUCUUCAAGAACUGCACAGUCGCCAGCUCGGACAAGGCCGCCGGCAUCAAGUUCUUUGACAGUUCAUCGGGCCACGGCAGCGCCAGCGUCAGCAACGUCACAUGGCAAGACAUCAUCUGCGACAAGUGCGAUUAUGCCUUCCGCGUCCUUACCUGCUACCAGUCCACCACGACGGCCGACUGCGCGGCGCAUCCUGCCGCGGCUAACAUGCAGGGUAUCGUUCUUGACGGCUUCACCGGCACCACCUCGGGGCACUACAAGAACAACGUAGCCAACAUCAACUGCUCUCCUUCGGGAACAUGUGGCAUCACGGUGAAGCGGUUCAGCGUCACAGCACCCAGCGGUGCCAACACGGUGUUGUGUGCCAGUACUCCAAGCAACCUUGGACUUGCCUGCACUUCGGGGGCUUCUGGUUAG